CACACAACAUAUUUUCUUCUUUCACCACAAAGGAUUGUUAUCUCACUAUAUAUUCUCUCAGAUCAUCUCGAUUAAUGCAGUCUCGUCAACUUGCCAUUCUCUCUGGGAAGCCAAACCAGGCUAUCUAGAUAGCCACAUUCCACACCUUCAACUAUUACACUGCGCACACCAGACACCAUGUCAAAGCCCAGUCGGUUACAGAAAGCCCACUUGGAGGAGGACCUAGCAGAAAUCGAACUUGGAGAGUACCGGGAUCCAGCUCCCGUCUACCCCAAUGCUCGUCCUGUUGCCACAGAUGACCGGCUCGCCCCAGCUCCUGUACAUGUAACCUUUGAGCCUGUUGGAGGAAUUUGCCCUGCUCACCCAGCAGCUCAAGCUCUCCGGCCUGUCCGGAGAUCCACCCCUCACCCAAAUCACGCUCGACCGAUGAGCUGGCGGGCGAGGUUCUACAUACGUUUGCGAAGAGUAUUCUGUCCAUAUCCAAAGAAUACCAUCAGCGAUGUGAUCUUCCAAUGAUUGGUCUUCACUCUUUUUUUUCGGUCUGGUUGUUGUCAUUACUCUCCUCGUAAUGAAAAAAAUCGAUUCAGUGGAUCCGAC